AUGAGGCCGGGUUUCCAGCAGCCCGAGUGCUGCUCCGGCAGGACCCGGCUCGGCUGGGCCCUGCGGAGGACCCCGUGGUGGGGACGGCUGCGGCUCUGCUGCUGCGGCUCCUGCGCACGCUUGCGAUACCCCGUGGUGGAACGGGAAAAUGUACAGAAGAGGACCUUUACCAGAUGGAUAAACUUGCAUUUGGGGAAGUGCACACCUCCUCUGAAAGUCAGAGAUUUAUUUAUUGAUAUACAAGAUGGCAAAAUCUUGAUGGCUUUGCUGGAAGUCCUGUCAGGACAAAAGCUGAUGCAUGAAUACAAAUCUUCAACCCAUCGCAUUUUUCGUUUAAACAAUAUAGCCAAAGCACUUAAGUUUUUGGAGGACAGUAACGUAAAACUUGUUAGCAUCGAUGCAGCAGAAAUAGCAGAUGGAAAUUCCUCUCUGGUACUUGGACUAAUAUGGAAUAUAAUCUUGUUUUUUCAGAUUAAAGAACUCACGGGCAACCUCAACAGGAACUCGUCCUCUUCCAGCCUGUCGUCUGGGCCCAGUGGGCCAGAGUCAGACACGUCUCAGACAAGCACUCCAAAUGUAGAGAGAAGCAUGUCUGUUACUGUGAAAGACCAGCGGAAAGCCAUCAGAGCCCUUCUAACCUGGGUUCAGAGGAAAACCAGAAAAUACGGUGUUGCAGUUCAGGACUUUGCCAGCAGCUGGAGGAGCGGCCUCGCUUUCUUAGCUGUCAUAAAAGCCAUAGACUCUACUUUGGUAGACAUGAAGCAAGCCCUGGAGAAGACCGCUCGGGAAAACCUGGAGGAUGCUUUCAGCAUAGCGCAAAAUAAGCUCGGUGUCCCUAGGCUACUGGAGCCAGAAGAUAUAAUGGUGGAAUCACCCGAUGAACAAUCGAUUGUGACGUACGUGGCGCAAUUUCUGGAACACUUCCCCGAGCUGGAAGGGGAAGACUUUACAGAUCCUGACAAGGAGUUUCCAAUUGAGUCUACCUAUGUCCACAUUAAAGAUACACCUUCAGAACAAGAAGGCAAAAUCUUGAUUUUAAGUGAAAGAGAAGACAGUAUGUUUACUGUUAACCAUGAAAGGAGUCAUCCUGCUCCUCCAAAGGUUCAUAUUCAUGACACCUCAGAGAGAAUCCAGUCAGAAACUGUUCCUGAGAAAUGUAAUGGAAAAGCAUUAGGUGAUUCACCGGAAGCCUUUGAAGAGGAGCCUAAGAGGCCUACCUCGCUGAAAAUUACAGGAUCUGUCAGUUUUGAAUCCAACUCCUCCUGGGAAGUUCUUAGUGAUAAAUUGAUCCCAGGUGAAGGAGGCAUGUAUGAUAAUCCACUGAAACAGAAUAAUGACCUUUCUCCAGCUGCUCUGACAGAUCAGAAAAAUUCUGUAGACUCUUUUGAAGACUACUCUGAAGAACUAACUAGAGAGACCUCUACUGAAUAUGAUAAUGAAACUAAAAGCCUAUCAGCCAAUACUUCUUCUUUGAGUCCAUCGUCUUGGACUUCAGGUAUACUUACAGAUGAAUCCAUAAAUAAAGUAGAAGAGAACAAACCCCAAACUUCAGAUCUUUUACCAGAAGAUACCUCAGAACAAGAAGACACACAUACAUAUGUUCUUCAUCUUCUAAAUCAGGAAAAUUUGAAACCUCAAGAAAAUGAGUGUACAAAUCAAUCACCUGUAUUUGAGACAACAGAAACUAACCAUUGUUUGUUGAAUAACUCUAAUCUCGAAAGCCAAGAUCUAUCUACACAGCAUGAAACAGCUGAUGACUCUCCCUCAGAUGUACCUGAAAGUCCAGAAGACCUGGAUAGCUGUGAUGAAGCUGAGUCUUCAGCUGAAGUGUUGCCCAGUUCUUCAAAAGUAUCUGUAAUACCCCAUGAUCUCUUUUACUAUCCGCAUUAUAAUGUUCCCAUAUCAGCAGUUUUGGAUGCUUACGUUGAGCCUCGUCUUGGAGAUUACGAUAUUGGAAAUGACAAAUCUUAUUCUGACUCAAUAACAGAUAUUUUACAUGAGAAGGGGAUCCCAGCACAGAACUACAAGGAAGAUGCUCCAGAGGAAGGAUUAGGGAAUAAGCUAGGUGACUCUGCAUCAGAAAUGAGUACUGAGAAUGCAGAGGAGGCAAAAAUGGAUGCUAACAGUGACAUGAAUUAUUCCUGUGAAAAAGAAGAGGCUUUACUAACAGGAAAAGAGAAAGAAAUUGAAAAAGAUGGCCAAAACGCCACCACCCCUCAAGAUUCUACUAUUUCCCAACGUCCUGAGGCUGAAGAAGAUCAUCAAGAUGAUUUGUCAGAAGCUGUGAAGACACCAGAAAAAAGUAGUAAAAGGAAGGAAAAAAGAAAAAAUGUGAUCAAAGACACACAGAUUUCAAAAGUUGGAACUACUACUCUAUCACUAGAUAAACUGGAAGAAAUUGCUGAUUGUCAGGAAUUUACCAGAACUAGUUACAGUGAUUCCAACAUUUAUCUCCGAAAAAGGUUUUCUAACACUUCUGAGAAGGAAACCUCUGGUGAAAGUGAGCAGGAGAUGACAGAUGUGGAUGAAAAGCUCACAAUCAUCAGGAAGAAAAAGGAUUUGGAAGCAAGUGACACUCCAGCAGUGGCUGCGCAGACCCUGAGUGCUGAACAACGAGAGCUCUUCUACUUCAUUGUUUUCCUCUGGGCGCUGGUCUACUGCCUUUUACUUUUCCCACAGCUUGUUGGCAACAAACCUUGAUCUCUGUGAGGUGUGUGGAAAAUAAAAGACGGUGGUCUGA